GCGGAGCCAGAGCGCUGCAGGCUCACAAAGCGGCCGGACGCGCGGCGGCGGGUGGCAGGAGCGUAGGAGAGCGAGCCGGCAGAUCAGCCUCCGCGACCGCACCACGCGAGCUCGAGCAACUCGGACGCGGGCACCCGGGCCGGCCCCCACGAUGCCAGCGAUCGCGGUGCUGGCGGCGGCGGCCGCGGCGUGGUGCUUCCUCCAGGUGGAGAGCCGGCACCUGGACGCGCUGGCGGGCGGCGCGGGCCCCAACAACGGCAAUUUCCUAGACAAUGACCAGUGGCUGAGCACCGUCUCCCAGUACGACCGGGACAAGUACUGGAACCGCUUUCGAGACGAAGUUGAGGAUGAUUAUUUCAGAAGCUGGAAUCCCAACAAGCCCUUUGACCAAGCCCUGGACCCAUCCAAAGACCCCUGCCUGAAGGUGAAAUGCAGCCCUCACAAAGUAUGCGUGACCCAGGACUACCAGACGGCCCUGUGUGUCAGCCGCAAGCACCUGUUCCCCAGGCAAAAGAAGGGGAGCGUGGCUCACAAACACUGGGUCGGACCCUCGAAUCUGGUGAAGUGCAAGCCGUGCCCUGUCACACAGUCUGCCAUGGUCUGCGGCUCUGACGGCCACACCUACACUUCCAAGUGCAAGUUGGAGUUCCAUGCUUGUUCUACUGGCAAAAGCUUCACCGUCCUCUGUGAUGGGCCCUGUCCAUGUCUCCCAGAGCCUGAGCCACCAAAACUCAAGACACAAAAGAAUGCCUGCACAGAUAAGGAGUUGAGGAACCUCGCAUCCCGCCUGAAAGACUGGUUUGGAGCCCUUCACGAGGAUGCCAACAGGGUCAUCAAGCCCACCAGCUCUGAUGCAGCCCAAGGCAGAUUUGACACCAGCAUCUUGCCCAUCUGCAAGGACUCCUUGGGCUGGAUGUUCAACAAGUUGGACAUGAAUUAUGACCUCCUGCUUGACCACUCAGAGAUCAAUGCCAUCUACCUGGAUAAGUAUGAGCCCUGCAUCAAGCCUCUCUUCAACUCCUGUGACUCCUUCAAGGAUGGCAAGCUCUCCAACAAUGAGUGGUGCUACUGCUUCCAGAAGCCUGGAGGUCUCCCUUGCCAGAAUGAAAUGAACAGGAUUCAGAAACUGAGCAAGGGGAAAAGCCUGCUGGGAGUGUUCAUCCCUCGGUGUAACGAGGAGGGCUAUUACAAAGCCACACAGUGCCACGGCAGCACGGGCCAGUGCUGGUGUGUGGAUAAAUAUGGCAACGAGCUGGCUGGCUCCAGGAAACAGGGCGCCGUGAGCUGUGAAGAGGAGCAGGAGACCUCAGGAGAUUUUGGCAGUGGUGGCGCUGUGGUCCUGCUGGAUGACCUGGAGGACGAGCGGGAGCUGGGACCAAAGGACAGAUCCGGGAAGCUGAGGGUGCACACCCGGGCAGUGACAGAGGAUGACGAGGAUGAGGACGACGACAAAGAGGACGAGGUGGGCUACAUCUGGUAGUCCCCACAAGGAAGAGGACACGAGGUUUGCACCGACCGGCAAGUCACUUCCUACUCUGGCAUUUGUAUCUAAGACCCCACAGCACCAAGGCCUCUUCUCCAUUGUUGCUCUCUGUACCCGACCUGAGGUUUGGAAGACCGCUCCUUGUCCCCCGAACAUUCUGGUCUUGCAUACAGUUGUGUGGGAAGAAGGGUAUGUGUUCGGUUUUUAUUUAGACAGGGGAGCGGCUGGCUGAGCUGGAGCCUCCUUCCCUCCCGUGAGAGUUGUACAACGCGCAUGUGAAGUUUGUGGGAUUCUGACCGUGCAGGGAGCCCCCACCUUGUAAACGUCCAAGAUGCUUUUCGAUUACCCACACCAGUGGUCAUUCCAGCAUGGUUCCCAGCCUUACGGUGUCUAAGUGCUUUUCUUGUGUCCUGUAGAUGUCGUGGAAAACACACCACACUGUACUUUCUUCUGCCCUAUCCCCACCACCCUUCGUGGUAAUAAUUAAAAAUUCGUUUUUCAUAUCACUCUAUCUGGCUUCCUACAAACAACAGCCUUAAUUCAGUCAAGAGUUCCUUCGGGGAAUUGAUUUUCCUUAUGAACAAGGGUGUCUGGAUGCUUCUCUGUACAUGCCUAAGGAUAUUUGUAUGUACAGAGUAGACGGUCUAUGUGUACAAGACACACACACACACCACUCAGAAAAAGCGCUUCAGUAUCUUUUCGAAACUCAUUUGAAACACAAUUAUAAAUUUGUCAGCUUGUCCAGACCUGGAUCACAAUUUCUGGAAUAAGAAAUGUAGAUCAGAAGUUCUUUUUUUGCACUAAGAGUUAGCACUUGUAGCCUGCAGGCUGAGGAGGUUCCUUUCCCUAUGCAUGAGUAGAGUUACUGGAAGCCCUUUGAUUUGGAUAAGCCUCUGUCCGCCUAAAUCACUUUCCUUGCAGAAGCCAUGAGACUCCCACAUGGGCAACUUCACAAGCCAUCUUUUUCAUUUCGGCUCAAAGCUUCCCUUUCCCUCCUCCCCGGGGCUGCAGCAAUCCUGUCUGCCACGGGUUCCUACCUUCCCUACUGACGCAAGGGCUUUUCCUAAGGCACGGAUACAUGUCCCCUGCUCCCCAAGAAGACAAUACCACAGUGUUCCUUAUCAGAAGAAAAUUCAGGAUUCUUAACCUCAUUUUUUGCUUUUGCCCCAUUUCUAUCCACAAAUCAUAGCAAGGGUACAAAAGCUGUACAGAUUUUAUACCACUUAUCAUUAAAAAGAAAAAAAUCCCAAAGGGAGGCCACAAAGAACUUCAUCAUAACACCUGGAAGCUAGGGUUGGAUCUUUAAGAGCUACUCCUUCCCCCAUCCCCACACCUGCACCAGUGUCAAGAGGCUGAUGAAGCAAGCUGUCCACCAGCGUUUCUUUUCCCUAAGUCAGCUCAUGAUUACAGCCUGUCUCCAAAUUUGGUAGGGUCAACCUCUCUAUCGUUUCAAGGAUUUCUGCCCCCAUCAAGCUGGCUCAGAUCUAAGUACCAAAGACUAGUCUUCAAAGUGGCCCCAUUUAGUUCAGUACCUCAGACCCUUAAGCCCCUGCCCCACCUGGUGACCCUCAUCAACGCCUCCCCGCCAAGGCUCUGUGGCCCACAUUGGUUUAUCUUCCUUUCCUCCUGAGCUCCAACCCAUCCACAAGACAACCACGUAAACUCAGGCAAAAAAUACACUCAGCCGAACCAUGGUCAUGGCAGUAGCUGACCACCCCCCGCCCCCCCACCUCAAAUGGACCAUUUCUUUGUACUUUACCAAGCUGCCUUCAAACCAGCAUUUUCCAACCCUAGCAUUGGCCACAGUGGCAUCAUUCCUAGACUUAGUCUCAGAAGGGAAAUGAACAUACGUGAUACAACCAACUUCUUCGGCCUGGGAGAUACGGGUACCACCAGGACCCUCGAUAGAGCGAGAACGGAGGCGAGUUCUGUAUUGGUAUGGCAGCUCCAUCACCUCUCUUUCAAUUGUUUUCCCUCACUUGAACAAAACACUGAGGUGGUAAUUCAGAAAACAGGUGCUUAAUUGCAGCUAGAUUCUAAUAGAGUGUAUACAAGAAUCAAGACAUAUUAAAAAAAUUCAGUUUAGACCAUUAAAGAAAACCAUCGUUACUGUCUCCUCUGAGCUUAGAAAAACGCACAAGAGAACAAAUUAAAAGCGACAAAUUGCUUUCACUUAGAAAAACUUCCAGGAACAGAGAACCACUGAUUCUAAUUUGCCUAAUUAUCUUAUGACAAGUGUCAAAUUAAGAUGACACUUAAAGAUUCUUAGCAUUAACUUAACGAUGGAGAAGAGUGGGCUCAGCAGUCAGUUCCCAGUAAGGUAACGAGAUGCUUGUUUUCAAAGAUAUUCCAAGAAGAUGUUUUGAUUCAUUAAAAUAGUAAAUAAAAAGCCCUCCUAAGACUGGGACCCCAAAUCAAUGGAGCAACAUUAACACCACUUUGCAUGCCUCACUUUGGUGUGACAGAUUUUUAAAGGGCUUUGCUGCUUUUCACAAGUACUAAACAUUCGAUUUUCUAGUUACCUUAUCCUUAGAGGUAGAAUUUGUGAUUUCCUCUUUUUGGGCAGGAGUCCUUUUGCUAGUGACUAAGUAUACAUAAAAAUCUUGAUUAAACAAAAAUAAUACCGUGAUAAUCCAGUCCCUUUUUUUGAGACAGGUAUUGAACUGAAUCCUCACUCACUCAUUUCUGUGUGUACUCUACUAAAUAGCUUUAUUCUUAUUCCACACAUGGUUCUUUUAUUUAAUACUGUUGCCUCAGCAUCGACCCAAAUCCCAGAAUUUUCUUCCACCAUGGUUAGUUGUCUGCCAUAUUGAUGUCUUUUUGAUUCCACAGAUAUUCUAGGCAUGGGAAUACCUUACUACUCAACCUGAGAUUUUGUUACCAGUUUUUCCUUCUUUAUACCCAUUUCCCCAUGCCCAGCAGUAAAUGACUAAGUGUCUGUCCAGGUCUGCCCCCUCUACUUUUCCCAGAAUGCCAUUCACACUUUUUUUUUUCCCACCUUGACCACAUUGUACAGUAACAUCUAACAUCUAAGAGCCCUUUCUACAGUGGGUGGUUUUGGUCUUUUUAUACCUUUUUCUCAAAGUCACUGAUGUUUGUCCCUGUUCAAUGUGUAGCAUUGUAAUGAGAGCCCACCAAAUCCUGAGUGUCAUUUUGUUGUCCCUAUUGUAGAUGAAAUAGUGAUGUAGAAAAAAUCUAGUAAAUUCUGAAUGCUUUUCCAUGUAGACUUCUCUGGAAUGUGAACACGACUCUUUGGUUAAUAGUAAAUGCUUAACUGUAGUCCUGAGUAGGUGCAUUUCUGUCUGUCUCAAUAAAUUUUGAUUUGUCUGCAA